AGAUUACAAAGAUAAAGGCAAGAGAGGGACUUUAAAUAUUCAAACAAGAUAGUGUGAGAGCAGAAGGUUCAUAGCUUAAAAUGGCACUACCUUCAUUUCAAUUAUGGCUUGCGUUGCUGCUGCUUGCAGCAGUAUGUGCAUCUGCAGUAAAUCCUAGGAUAUUUGCUGGAUUAGGUGGGUUAAAAAGAUUAGCCGCCAGCAGGUCCUUUAGCGAUCUUCCACCAGAAUAUGAAAUACAUUACUACAGACAGACACUCGAUCAUUUCAACUAUAAACCAGAGAGUUAUGCUACAUUUCAGCACAGAUAUAUUUUGAAUUACAAGUACUGGGGUGGGGCAAAUAUUAGCUCGCCUAUCUUUGUUUAUACAGGUGAAGAGGACGAUAUAACAUAUGAUGUUGAGGGUUUCAUUCUUGAUCUUGCUGCUGGUUUUAAAGGUUUGCUAUUGUAUAUAGAGCAUCGUUACUAUGGAAAAUCAAUGCCUUUUGGAUCUGAAAAUCAAGCAUUUCAAAAUUCCAGCACCCUUGGAUACUUGAGCUCAGAACAAGCCUUAGCAGAUUAUGCACAGGUGAUAGUAGACGUUAAGAAGAACCUGUCGGCAGAAAAUUGUCCAGCUAUUGCGGUUGGAGCAUCUUAUGGUGGAAUGCUCGCAUCCUGGUUUCGUCUGAAAUACCCUCAUAUUAUAAUUGGUGCUUUGGCAUCAUCUGCUCCAAUACUGUACUUUGAGGAUAUCACACCACAGGAUGGAUACCAUGCUGUUGUAUCUAGGAAUUUCAGAAAUACCAGUGAAAGUUGCUACAAUACCAUUAAAAAGUCCUGGUCCGAAAUUGAUAGAGUUGGAGCUGAAACUAAUGGUCUUCUAACCCUUGGCAACAUCUUCAAUUCUUGCAUGCCUUUGAACUCAUCACAAGAGCUGAAGGACUACCUAGCGCUAAUUUAUAAGUUGUCAGCACAAUUUGACAAUCCUCCAGAUUAUUAUGUAGAGAAUUUGUGUAAGGCCAUUGAUGGAGCACCUCAAGGGACUGAUACUCUUGGAAGAGUUGCUGCUGGUCUCAAUGCCAGUACUAUUUUUGGAGAAGGUUCGUGCCUUUAUGUAUAUGAACCUCCAGUUAUAUCCAGACAGAGUGCAUGGUCAUGGCAGACAUGCACCGAGAUGGUAAUACCAAGGGGGGUUGAUAACAAUAACACAAUGUUCGAGUUAUCACCCUUUGAUCUCAAUAACUUCACAAAAACCUGCCAAGAAGUUUUCGGUGUCACCCCAAGGCCCAGUUGGGUCCCUGUACAAUUUGGUGGCCGUGAUAUAAAAUCUGCACUUGAAAAUUUUGCGAGCAAUAUCAUUUUCUCCAAUGGAUUCCGUGAUCCGUGGAGCGCAGGAGGAGUUUUAGAGAACAUAUCAGAUAGUGUUGUUGCUAUACAUACAGAUAGAGGUGCUCACUGCUUGGAUCUAUUAAGUCCUACAAGAAGUGACCCUGCCUGGCUGGUCGACCAGAGAGACAAAGAGAUCAAAAUCAUUGCAUUUUGGCUUGAAGAGUACUAUGCCAAACUUGCUAGCAAGACUCGCGGCAGAACUGGCUAAAAGAGUGAUCAGGUUUUCAUUUCCUAUAUUGCCACCGGCGGACGUCGCAUGGGGCAGUGGAGGCAACUGUCCCACUGACUUCCGAAAAUACUGCGCAGAGUUUGUCAAAUAACAAAUGUUCAAUUCAUAGAGAUACGUAUAAGCUUCAACUUUUUGGUUGAGCAGCAUUUUAACAUGAUAUAUACAAGCCACCUCAUCAACUAGAAGAUCAUAAAUCAUAGUCCGUUGAUCAAACUUCAAGCCCAGAUGACAGUGAAUCACGUUCAAUUAUAUAUUUUCAAGCAACAUCAUUUUCAGCAGAGUGGUAGUUGAAAAGAUUCAGAACUUCUGGAAACUCUAUUUGACUGAGUUCUGUAGGUGUCUGAUAUACCUUGUAAUUGAGUGUCUGAAUUAUAUAGUUGGCUACAAGAUUCUGAUUAAGAUGGGUGUAUCAUCAGGUUCUCACUCUUUGGAUCUUGCUAUUCCCCAGCAGGUCCAAAUGGCAACUUAUAGCGACUGCAUGUGCAUGAGGAGAUAGAUAUAUCACCUACAAUGGCAACCUUCCCAGCAAGCCUGACAACAAAAGUCGGCUAAAAUAUUCUCCGUGGGUCUGCUUGUCACAUUGUGUGAAGGACGUGAGUAGAAUGACUAGACAGGAUCCUAUCAAUUCCAUCCAUAGCUUAUUUAUUAUGUUAUCUUUGAAUAUUGGUGCAGAAUUGAUCUUAAACAGAGUCGAAUAGUGAAAAAUGAUUCACGUAACCGACUCCAAUUAGUUUAAGAUAAAGGUUUUAUUAUUCUUGUUGUGUUGGAGUUUUAUAAUUAAAUAUAUCAAAUCAAUAUUAAUUAAUAAAUUCUACAAGGUGCUUUUUUUUCCCACAA